CCAGGCUGCAGCACCAUGCUUGAUAAACUGAAAUUCAAUAAUUUGGUAAUUACCAACAAGAAAGUCAUCCAGCAAGCACGUGCGCAAACGGUGUCCAAGCUCGUUCAGAAGCUGAGGAAGGUCAAAGAUGUCCUGGCCAAACGACCGGACGAUGAGAAACACAAGGAACGCUUGCGCAAAAGCAGCGAAUGCGUGGCCCAGCUAAAGGCUUUGAAGAGUCUGGACAUAAUGCGCCAGCUGCUCCUACAGGAUGGUAAAAAUCCGAACGCAGUGCUCACCAAUGGCCGGUCCACUCCAGAUGAGGUUGUUCUUGCGAUGCUGGGGCUCAACAAACUGAUGAAAGCGCUGGUUGACACAUUUCGCCAGACUUUGGGCCUGGACAGUGACAAGGAUUCCAAGUGGCGUGAAGAGAUUCUGGAAACGAGCAAGAGACGCGUGAAGCUGCAGCGCACUGAGGCGAAGAAAAGACAACGCAAGGAACUCAAAGACCAGAAGGCCCAGACGCGCAACCGACUAGAAUGGUUGGAGCAGAACAAAGUGGAUAGAGACGUGGCUGGAACAGAUGUAUUGCCAGCGGCAGAGCCAGCGGUUGGUGAGGUGGAAACAGCGGAAGAGAAGAAACCGAAACAAGAAAAGCUUCAGCGUACUCCUAAAGUGGCCUCGGUGAAGAAAGAGCUUCGAGAAAAGAAGCAAACGCAAAAUGAAAAGAAGCCCGAAAUUAAACCCAAACCCAUUGAUGUCAAAGAAGAGGAAAAGUCAAAGGUACGAGAAAAGAAGCAACAGCAAAAGGAUAGGAAGCCCGAAAUUAGUCCGAAACCUAUUGAUGUCAAAGAAAGGACACGAAAGCGACCACAAGAGAAGGAGCCGAGCAUUGAAAAGGAGGAGACCACGGCUGAGAAAGAUCGUCCAACGCAUGUCAUAGAUCCAUUUUUUAUCACAGAAUCUGGUCAGCCGUAUUUAUCCACCGCUGUGGUUCUUUCAGAGGAUAAUGAAAGCGAAAACGAGCAAGAAACGAUGCCUUAUCCUGCCAAGCGCCAGCGGAACGAACACCGACAUAGCGACAACCGGGGGGAAAGGGAGCGGAGGCCGGAGAUCAAUAAAAAGAAACCCACAGAGGACCUCCAUCCAUCCUGGAUAGCCAAGCAGCAACAGAAGCCAGUUAUCGGGCACUUUAAGGGGAAAAAGAUCAAGUUUGGCGACGACGGGCAAGCCGCAGAAAUUGAUAUUCCAGCUUUUAAGCAUCAUCCUGCUCCUGCUCCUGCAUCCGCUCCCACUUCCAUGGAAGGCAUGCAUCCCUCUUGGAUUGCCAAACAAAAGUGGAAACCAAAAAUUGCCGCCUUCCAGGGAACUAAAAUUAAGUUUGACGAAGAUUAAAAUUAAGAUGUUCAAUUUACACAGUA